AGUGACCAACAAAAUGUCUCCUCGUCCGUCAAUCGUUCCGCUGGACACCGGGGACUCCCCCACUUCCGACAUCGAGAGCAGGCACGACCGUCACGCAACCCGAGGCCCCUCCCAAGGAACCUGCAAGGGGCAACUGCAGGGUGUGCCUGAAAGCCUUCAGAGGUCACCAGCUGGACCAGGCAGGUCCUGCGCCGAGUGCUCGCAAAGGGUCUGCGAAGACUGUGCGAGUUACAGCAAGAUGGACGACGGAAGAUACUAGGAAUUGGACUUGCAGUGUUUGUAGAAGAAAAAUGCAGUCUCGAACCGUGCUAUCCCAAGACUCGAACGAGAGCCUGCUGGAGAUUCCAAUCCAGGAAUUGCAACGGAGGCACUCCGAAACGCGUCUGGGCAGCAGUGCGGGUACCGAUGGUCUGUCUGUGGGGGGCUUCGGGGGCGGCUUGGCACCCCCUAGGAGCCCCGAGCUACGCAGGCACUCUGAUGUGUCGCCUUCAUCACUCAAGGAACUCGAAAAGGUAA